AUGAAUCCUGAUUAUUUUGGAUGUACUCUAAUUCAUAAAUCUAAUUUUCCUGAUAAAGGUAAUCUUUAUGUUGGAGGAAUCAAAUCACUUGACUCAAUCUAAAAAUAUAAAUUUGGUGCUAUUAUUUCUGUAAUCGAUGAAUUAGAUUAUAAAAUACCUAAAUAGAUCUAUCAUUUAAGAAUAGUUGCACCUGAUGAACCUAAUUUUAAAAUAUCUGAUCACUUUGAAAAAACCUGUAAAUUUAUCAAAGUGUAUUUAAAAUAAACUAAUGUCCUUGUACAUUGUUAAGUAGGUAUUUCAAGAUCAGUUUCAGUUAUGAUGGCUUAUUUUAUCAAAGAAAUGAAUAUGAAACCAGAUGAUGCAUUUUUAUACAUUUAAGACAAAAGAGAAUUUGUUCAUCCUAAUGAAGGAUUUAGACUUCAACUAUAGAAAUUCUAUGAGGAAUGUACAAAACCAAAAGAAAAAUCUAAUCCAAAAUCAAAACUUUAAUAAGUUUAGCAACAAAAAUAAAAGUGA